AUAUAAAAGCUUGGGAUGAAUGGGUUUUCAGAAAUCCUUCUUCCAGCCAGCGGAGCGACCCAGGACACCAUCUCUCUCUGUCUCUCUCCCCAGGAGGAGGCUCAUGUCCUAGAGUGGGACCGUGAGGAGGGCCUGCCCCCCAUCGACGAGACCCCCAAGACCCAGGAUGACUUCCAGGAGCGCCGAGCGCUGGCCAUCGGAGCCAAGGCCCGGGAAAUAGAGCAGGUGUACCGGCAGGACUGUGAGACAUUUGGCAUGGUAGUGAAGAUGCUGGUUGCUAAGGACGCUAAUCUGGAGAAGCAGCUGCAGGCUCCACUCCGAGAGAACCUGGGAGAGAUCAGGGAGCGUUGCCUUGACGACCUCAAGCACUUCAUCACCGAUCUGGAUCAGGUGAUUGAGGUCGUGCGGCAACCGGAACCCUCCAUCUGAGACAGACAGCCAAUCGCGUCCCAUCUUACUGUAAGGGAGCCAAUCAGGUCCAGUCUUUUUUUGGGGCCUCCGGCAUACAGUGAGGGCAGGACUCCCAGGGGUCUGCCAUGUGUUAAGACUGUGGAUAUCUUCAGCAGUAUUGGCCCCAUGUUUUCCCACCUUUCUGGGUUUCAGGACAGACGUGCACCAGGUGACCCAUAUGUACUGAUAAUGUCCAGCAGUAAUUAGUCCAUGUUGUCAAAAACAGUGUUCAAAGUCCUGUUCAGCUACUUCCUCACCACCCGAUGAGGGUAUUGGUUCUACAAUGUCCUUAACAAGUAGAAUUGGUAUGUCAAUUUAGGCUCAUAGUUCAUCUGGGAUUGACUGAUUUUAAAACUGUUGUUAACCAGUGUAACCAUAGGGACUGGUCAUCAGUGUUUUUUACUGAACUGGCAAUCUAAUGAUGAUGUGUGACGUGUUAUAGGUCAGCAUCCACUGGUACCACAAACAAUGCUCUGCUACUACAGUACCAGUCAAAGGUUUGGACACACCUACUCAUUCAAGGGUUUUUCUUUGUUUUUACAAUUUUCUACAUUGUAGAAUAAUAGACAUCAACACUAUGAAAUAACACACAUGGAAUCAUGUAGCAACCAAGAAAGUGUUAAACAAAUAAAAAUAUAUUUUAUAUUUGAGAAUCUUCAAAGUAGCCACCCUUUGCCUUGAUGACAGCUUUGCACACUCUUGGUAUUCUCUCAACCAGCUUCACCUGGAAUGCUUUUCCAAAAGUCUUUAAGGAGUUCCCACAUAUGCUGAGCACUUGUUGGCUGCUUUUCCUUCACUCUGCCGUCGUACUCAUCCCAAACCACCUCAAUUGGGUAGAGGUCGGGUGAUUGUGGAGGCCAGGUCAUCUGAUGCAGCACUGCAUCACUCUCCUUGGUCAGAUAGUCUUUACACAGCCUGGAGGUGUGUUGGGUCAUUGUCCUGUUUAAAAACAAAUGAUAGUCACACUAAGCGCAAACCAGAUAGGAUGGCAUUCGUAGCAGAAUGCUGUGGUAGCCAUGCUGGUUAAGUGUGUCUUGAAUUCUAAAAUCACAGACAGUGUCACCAACAAAGCACCAUCACACCACCUCCAUGCUUCACGGUGUGAACCACACAUGUGGAGAUAAUCCGUUCACCUACUCUGCGUCUCACAACGACACGGCGGUUGGAGCCAAAAAGCUCAAAUGUGGACUCAUCAGACCAAAGGACAGAUUUCCACCAGUCUAAUGUCCAUUGCUCGUGUUUUUUUUGGCCCAAGCAAGUCUCUUCUUCUUAUUGGAAUCCUGUAGUAGUGGUUUCUCUGCAGCAAUUCUACCAUAAAGGCCUGAUUUCACGCUUCUCCUCUGAACAGUUGAUGUGUCUGAUACUUGAAGCAUUUAUUUGGUUUGCAAUUUCUGAGGCUGGUAACUAAUGAAUUUAUCCUCUGCAGCAGAGGUACCUCUGGGUCUUCCUUUCCUGUGGUGGUCCUCAUGAGAGCCAGUUUCAUCAUAGCGCUUGAUGGUUUUUGCGACUGCACUUGAAGAAACUUUAAAAGUUCUUGACGUUUUCCGGAUUGACUGACCUUCAUGUCUUAAAGCCGUUUCUCUUUGCUUAUUUGAGCUCUUCUUGCCAUACUAUGGACUUGGUAUUUUACCAAAUAGGGCUAUCUUCUGUAUACCACCCCUACCUUGUCACAACACAAAUGAUUGGCUCAAACGCAUUAAGGAAAGAAAUUAUACAAAUUUACUUCUAACAAAGGCACAUCUGUUAAUUGAAAUGCAUUCCAGGUCACUACCUCAUGAAGCUGGUUGAGGGAAUGCCAAGAGAGUGCAAAGCUGUCAGAAUUGCAAAUAUAAAAUAUAUCCUUUUUUACACUUUUUUUGGUUACUACAUGAUUCCAUAUGUGUUAUUUCAUAGUUUUGAUGCCUUCGCUAUUAUUCUACAAUGUAGAAAAUGGCAGAAAUAAAGAAAAUCCCAGGAAUGAGUAGGUGUGUCCAAACUUUUGACUGGUAUUGUAUGAGUCCAGUUCUUGUUUUAUGAACUCUUCCUGCUAGGUACAUUUGAUUUGAGAUUGCUGCAGUUGAAGCAAGACUUUUGGUGCUACUGCCUGGGAGUAGGAUUGUGCUACUUGUGUAAAGUCUUGUAUGGUCUGAGAAUAUGUUCUCCCUUUUCUUUUGUAUGGACAAUGUGUUCAUCUGACUAUGUUCUAUUUCAGCCAGUGUGGCACUGGCCUUGCUAAAUGUGAUUACAUGUUGUGUUUCCUGACAGAGUUGUAUUCACCACCAGUGCUAAUCUGGCUGGGAGAUGAAGAAAAACACUUUCUAAACGUCAGAUGCUCAACUCAACUUUCUAUAUGUGGAACUGACACGUCUUUGAUGAUUUGUGAUUUAAAACGAUUUUUGAGUGUAACAAAAAUAAAGAUGGUUUUUAUUAUGUAAA